GAAGUUCUGUUGGGAGCAUACCAACACUGUUGCUUUGUCUCUUUCAUUCUACAUAUAUGUAUAUAUAUUUCUAUUUAUACACUGUAUGUAUAGCUACUUCUCCUUUUAAAGGAGUGUUCAGUGGGUUGUCACAGUACCCGCUCUUUUCUGUCAUUUCAUCACUGGUUUCUCUAAAGUGAUUCAGCACAGGGAGAAGAGGGAUGUUCAGCUGUCUCCAGAGGGGCUAAGCCCCUUUGUUUUGCUCCUUGCUGUGUCUCCUACAAACUGUUUCUCCUGGUGUCUUACCAUUACAGGUGGGGUAUCCCACCACGACUUUUUGCUAGCCCCUCCCUUUCUGUGGUUCCAAACCCAGUAAGGGUGCUCGGGAGGAGGCAUGGCAGCAGCUAUUGCAAGUGGACUGAUCCGUCAAAAGCGUCAGGCAAGGGAGCAACACUUGGACCGUCCUUCUGCCAGCAAGAGGCGCAGUAGCCCAAGCAAAAACCGAGGCCUCUGUAAUGGCAAUCUUGUGGAUAUAUUCUCCAAAGUGCGAAUCUUUGGCCUCAGGAAAAGAAGACUCAGACGACAAGAUCCCCAACUCAAGGGCAUCGUGACCAGGUUAUAUUGCAGGCAAGGAUAUUACUUGCAAAUGCACCCGGAUGGAACACUUGAUGGAACCAAGGAUGACAGCAGCAAUUCUACUCUAUUCAACCUCAUACCAGUGGGUCUUCGUGUUGUUGCAAUUCAAGGAGUAAAAACAGGGUUGUAUAUAGCAAUGAACGGAGAAGGCUAUCUGUACACAUCAGAACUUUUUACAUUGGAAUGCAAGUUUAAGGAGUCUGUGUUUGAAAAUUAUUAUGUUAUCUACUCAUCUAUGAUAUACAGACAACAAGAAUCUGGAAGAGCCUGGUUCUUAGGUCUCAACAAAGAAGGUCAAGUAAUGAAGGGCAACAGAGUCAAAAAAACAAAACCAGCAGCUCAUUUUCUACCGAAGCCAUUGGAAGUUGCCAUGUACAGAGAACCUUCAUUGCAUGAUGUUGGAGAAACAGUGCCAAAAGCUCGGGUGACUCCAAGUAAAAGCACAAGUGCAUCUGCAAUAAUGAACGGUGGCAAACCAGUUAGCAAGACUAAGACAACAUAGCUAGACCCUUAAGGAUAUUGUGACUUACUGAGCCCUCGGAAUACUUGAGCGUUUAAUCCCCUCCAGACUCUCCUAAAUCUAGUGUCUGUCAACUAAAUGAAUACUCACUGGAUUUUUGCUGUUUUGCUGAACCAGCGUAUCAAAGGUGGAUACUUCUCAGAGUGUAACUCCUCCCACCAACAGAAGACACCUGGGGAACCAGCUAAACUCAGACCAUGGAAUGCCCUACCAGAUAUGGAAUGCCUUUUUAAUAUCUUUUCCGUGACUGUGACACUUCAUGUGAAUGACAUACUUCACAAGUACACUUGAUAACUUGCCUGCUGACAAUUACCCUUACUCUUUUGCCCUUUGAAUCCAAUUACAGCGAAAUCCAUGUGUUUAAGUUCUAUUUUGUAGCACCCAAAUAUUAAGUAAUUUCUAGUUACACACUGUAAAACUGAGCUAUUAUGGAUUUCUCUAACUUUUUUUUUUAAACAAGGCUGCUUGCUUUACUGUCUGUAACCUUUAUGCAGGGAUUGUGUUCCUCUAGAUCUUGAAUGUUUCAGGUGGCUUAGUUCUGAAAGCAAUCAGGGAUUUAGGAAGCCUUCAAACAGCUAUUCUAAAACAUGUCUAUAUCAAAUAGGACUUAAAUACUGGAUGAGUGUGGAGGCACUUUAGCAACAGUUACUAUGCUCUCCAAAUAGACAUUAUAGUAGAGGGUAAUAUGUCAGACACAAUCAGUGGUUUGUAGGCUGAGAUUAGUGUUUGACACCCCUAUACUUUCCUUUUUGUGUGUGUUUUAUACAUAUCACAAGCUUACUGGCUAUGGUAACAUUUGCCUUGCCCAGCAAGCAAGACCCACUUGUUUUUUGAAGAUGGUGGGUCCAUAGAACUGUGUAGGCCUUGUAGGCCUUAAUUAAGGCUCAUUUUUCAUCUACAGUUCCUCAUUUAAAAAAAAUAAAAUAUAUGUGAAUAUAUAUAUAUAUAUAUAUAAUAUAAUAUAUAUAUACUGUAUAUAUAUAUAUAUAUAUAUAUAUAUAUAUAUAUUUAUUUAUAAUUCAAGAUUCUGCUACCUACAGCAAAAGUUCAGAUUAAGCUCAUUCCCAUCUUGGGCAGUUUCCUUAAUUUAGCUAAGCAUGGGCACGUUAAUUGUGGUGUCCCCAUUUUUUUGCAACAGCAAUGCAAGUGACAAAAUAAUAUGAUUUAGCAUUUUCCUGUUUAGCCUAAAUCUGGACAUGUGAAUACAUUUUAGCUAAGCAUGCAAAGUCCAGUAAAAUUAAUGUAUGCCCUCCAACCACUGCAUAAUGCCAACACAGUUUCAGGAGCCAGGAUUUAUAAGUUAAAGGUGCCUUGCUUAGGUUGUGGUAUAUUGUACACUUAACCAAUUUAUAUAGAACCAGAACAUAGAAGCUAAAUAGAAGUCAUAAGGUGCCUAUGGUUGUCUUGUAAAAAUUAGAUAUAUCAAAGAAGUGGGGUUAGUCACAUAGUAGAAUCAUUAAGCCCUAUAAAGCCUAAGAGUAUGCAGAAUAGUCAUCAGAUUGUUCUGCGAAAAAAUUGCUUUUUUAGAAUUCAUUGAAGAAUAUGCUUCCAAGAGAAAUACCUAGGACCAAAAUGACCAUACUUCUGAAAACCUUAAGCAGAAACAUAAUAGGAGUGCAAAUUGUUUAUUUCAUUUUACAUAAACGGGUAUUCUUUCUUUUAUUUUUCCAAAUCCCUUUGCAGUGUAUCUGCUAGAAAAUGAUUUUGCUAUUGUUUGUUUUUUGUUUUGUUUUGUUUUUUGAGAUUCCUAUAUUUCUAACUUUGUUUAUGCAAACAAGUUGUUUGGCUGAUCGAAGAUUUACAAUUGACAAUUGUUUCAUUAUACAUUUUUUUACAUUAUGAUUUAAUACAUUGAAGGUACUCAGACUGUUCAAGAUUAUGUUUGUUGUGCUGCUAGAAUCCCCAAAUUGUCAAAUUCGAUUAGGAUCCACAUUGGUUUAAUGCUAAAAUUGUAACCUUUUUUUAUAGUUAAGUGAAGCACAUUAACAGACAUUCUCUAUACCAAGUUCUAAAAAAAAAACAAGAAAAAAACGUAAAAAAAAAAACAAACUGAUUUACAAAUGUACGCUGUGAUUAGUAUUGCACAACAUAAUUUUAAAUGUAAUCUCAGUGGGGCUGGUGUCCCAAAAUCAGAAACUCAUUGCCAGUUCAUUUUCACCGUGAAAAUCUACAUUCUGGGCUAAGUGUCCAACUAACCAGUUGACUGGUUCAAAAUGAGGCUGAAUUUAUUUUUGUAAAUGAUAACUACAUUCUGUAACUGUAACAUCUAUGUUAUAUAGUCUUUGUUUACUCUCUGUUUAUACAGGUUGUCUGUAAGAGUGCUUAUAUUUUGAAUGAGUGUCUUUAAAAUUGUUCCCCCUGUUAUAUGUUGAUACAUAUGGCAGAUAUCUUUAUCUGUGGUUUGUUUCUUAUUUUUUCCUUUGUCCGAUGUCUCAUCUGUUGCAUGGGAAGAGGAUGGCACUAAUGAUUUGCAUGUAGUAAGCUAUGUGUAUCAAGAAAUGUUGGUAUGUAUUAAUGAAUUUACAUACAUACAGUAUAUGCAAAGCGUUUGUCUGCAUUGUACAGUUUAUGUGUUUAUUAUCAUUUCUUGUAUACAGAAUUGCAACAUAUUGAAUAAAAAUAUUUAUAUGAAGACAUAAUAUAAACCAUUAACCAACGUCAUAUAAUAUAUAUAUAUAUAUAUAUAUAUAUAUACAGUAUAUAAAAUGACUUGCAUUACUCACAGUUAAACUUUAGCUAAUCUGCAAGUCAAAUUCUGAUAUUGUCCCCCCAAAAUACCAAAGAGCAUCUUAGCAAUGUGUUUAUCUCUUAUGUUAUGUCUCCAAGAUAUAAUAUAAUCUCAAAAAUAUAGUUUUGAUCACUAAUGAAAUAACCUAGGAUAAAAAAAAAAUGUAUUGUGUUUCAAGACCUUUAAGAUGCAUUGUGUAAUUGCAAAGCUUGUAUCCUGUAUAUUUUCAUAUAUGCAUGUGUUAAUAGGUGCACAUGUUACAUCAUCAAGAAUGCACAUAGAUUUUGUUAUGUUGAAUCAUUUAUCUAUAUUUUAAUCUUUUAUAAAAUCCAACAAAGUAUAUUAGAGGCCUGCUAUUCUUUGCCGAGCAAUGUAUUACUGGCUUAUUACAAAUAGAAAGGGUAAUAUAAAUGUGCAAUAAUCGCUUGGUAAUGGAAGAGGGAUGGUAUAAAUAUACAUUAAUACUUAUUUUGUUAUUAAAACUCUUUUACUAUACAUUUUCUUGGCGUUUGAAUGAUUUAGUAAGUUAGCCUGAAGAAAAAACAAACCCAAUAACACAAGUAACAACACAUAAGAUAAAAUGAUUUAAAUGCAACCAUGUUUGACACUUUAGUUUUAAUUUAUUUAAAUGUUUUUCAUCAUAAGACUGUAAAGUGCUGCUUAUAAGACAAUACUUCAAAAUAAUACAUUUAUACAAAGUAGAAUAACCUACGUUUUGCAUUUUUUUUUUACAGCAAGUAUAUAUAUAUAUAUACAGUACUUAUAUAUUCACGUAGCACACAUUCAGAAGCUUAACGGUUUCAUUAGUAGCAAAACAGAGCUAUGUGACUAAGUCUAAAAAAUAGUUCAUUUAUAUAAAAAGCCAAGUUAAAAAUGUAUAUUAAUCUAGGUCUAAAUAGACCUAAGUCUAAAAACCCUUUGCCACUGUCUAUUUUGCAUAUUUGUAUUUUUCUUAUAAGGGUUGCUUGACAAGAAAACUAUAAUUCUAUAUCAGGAUCAGUGGCAGUUGUCAGAGGUCACAUGGCUCUCAUAAGGAUCUCAAAGGUGUCUGCAGACAUAUAAUGCAGACCCUUUUGACAUGCCCUUUGCUCUAGCAGGACAAGAGCAGAGGUAAAUGGGGCUUAAUUGGAAUUAAAA